UGGCCGUCGGGUCGUUUCGGUAGCUCUUCGCCGUAGGCACGUCCCGAUUACAAGCAAGCGGGAGGAGGCGUUGAAGCGGCGGCGGCGGCGGCGAGGGCGGCUAUCCGAGGAAUGCGCUGAAGAUGGCGGCCGGCCGGAGAGCGCCCAAGAGCGGCUUGCUGGAGCUGCGAGCGCCGGGCGAGCAGUGGCUGCGCGUCUUGGUGACUCUUUCCGAGGACUUCUUGAGCGUCGUCCCCAGCGCUAAGGGCUCCGAAGAGCCGCUGCAGCCGCCGCCCAGCCCGGUGCAGCUGAACGGCGCCGAGGCGUGCGCCCUUGUCCCGGACUCGCUAACCAACAUCAAGCGCACGGUGCGGAUCGUCAAGCAGGACGUGGGGGGCCUCGGCAUCAGCAUCAAAGGUGGUCGAGAAAAUAAAAUGCCUAUCCUGAUAUCCAAGAUAUUUAAAGGGCUGGCUGCAGACCAGACGGAAGCGCUGUUUGUAGGGGACGCUAUCCUUUCCGUCAACGGUGGUGACCUGUCUGAUGCCUCACACGAUGAAGCAGUGCAAGCUCUGAAGAAGACUGGCAAGGAAGUGGUCCUGGAAGUCAAAUACAUGAAGGAAAUCUCUCCUUAUUUUAAGAAUUCCUCUACUGGUGCAACUGUAAGUUGGGAUUCUUCACCAGGCUUUCAGAAGCAAGCUUCUCCAACUCUUUCCCUGCAAGACUUCAAGGAAGGGAAGAAUAUCCCAUUAAAAAUGUGCUACAUAUCAAGGAAGUGUCUUCCAAAUGAUCCAGAAAACAGGUACUUAGAAGUGUGCUCAGCAGAUGGACGAAUCUCCUUAUUCCUUCGAGCAAAAGAGGAAGCAUCUGCCCAGUCUUGGUUCAAUGCUAUUCAUAGCAAUGUUAGCGUUCUGUUGCCAAGAGUCAAAGAGGAGCUGAAGGCCUUACAAUCAGGACUUGGCAUUGUAGGAAAUAGAGACAUCAAGCAUAUUGGCUGGCUUACAGAACAGCUCCCAGGCGAUGGGACAAAAAAUAUCCUUGCCAUUCUCACAGAGAAGGAGCUUCUUUUCUAUGGCAAUCUUCCCCAAAACAGAGAUGCUCUGAACAAGCCAACUCAAAGAUUCCCUCUUAUAGCCACCAGGCUUGUGCACUCUGGUCCAUCAAAAGGUUCUUUAUUGUAUGACUCAGAACUCUCCUUCGCUUUGCGGACUGGAACCAAGAAAGGUGUGGAAACACAUCUGUUUAGUGUGGAGACGCACCGGGAUUUAGCCACAUGGACAAGAAUGCUGGUGGAUGGUUGCCAUAAUGCGGCUGAGUGUGUCCAGGAAGUGUCAACUGCCUGUACAUGGAAUGGGAGGGACUGCACCCUGUCCAUCCACAUUGACAAGGGUUUCACCAUUUCCACGCUGGAGCCAGGCCCCACCAAUGUUGUUCUUCUGCAGCAACCGUUUGAGAAGCUACAGAUGUCUUCAGAUGAUGGGGCCAAGAUGCUUCACUUGGAUUUUGGCAGCACAGAGGGAGAGAUUCAACUAGAUCUUCAUUCCUGUCCCAAAACAAUUGUCUUCAUCAUCCACUCAUUCCUCUCUGCCAAGGUGACCCGGCUUGGGUUAUUGGCAUAGGGAUGAAGAGCAAAUUCUGGAGAGAAGCAAAACUUCGUGCAAUCUAUGCAGUAAGAUUCUACCUUCAUGGUGAAAAUAAAGGGUUGAAAUACAGACUGAAGCAAGAACAACAUGGUGCAAAGCAUCCACAGCU